AUGGAGCCCGUGGGUGCUACCGCCAGCAUACUCACGUUUGUGACUGUCGCAUUUUCCGCUACCAAGUCAAUUUACGGCGCCCUGUCAGCAAUCAAAGACGGUCCUGAAGUCCUCGGCUCCAUCAAUGAUGAGAUAUCCCAGCUCCAAAAUAUUCUUCAGAGAUUAUUGCAAGUGGUUUCAUCAAUAGCCAGACCUACCGAUAAGCUUGAGCAAAUGGUCAAGAAAUGUAGAGAUGAUUUGGUCGGAUAUGAGGUCAAGCUUCGCCAAUUCGAUGUCUCGGGAGCCGAUGGUCGUAGAGGCCAACUAUGGCGAAAGCUGAAGCUUUGCUUUGAGGAGAAGGAGCUCGAUCGGAUCCGCCAUAUAGUCGGGAGGCAAAUCCAGUUACUCACACUCCACUUGGGCACUAUUCAGGACGAGCAGACGUCGCUCAUCGCGACACAAUCAACGGAUAUACUUGCACAUGUUAAACGCCUUCAGCAGUCAUCGUCUACAACAACACAGUCAACAAAGAUACUUAACCGCAUUGAGUGUCUCCAGGAGACAUCACCUACAGCAACACAAUUAAAUGAGGUGCUUGUUUCUCUCCAACAACUCCAGCAAGAUAUGGCGGUAUUGCAACUAUCCUGUCCAUCUGUUCAAACUCAAACUGGGUCAUCAGGCAUUCCAUCAAGGGUUGUAGAACUAGACGACAAAGAUUCACCGAUUUCGCAGCAGAUCGCUUUGGAUGAUACCAUCGCUCGAUUGAUGCGGUUAAUUGAAAAGAAGCCUUCGGUUAUGGAGUUUGAUGAUGCACAAGAAAUAUUCGACGACCUGGAGCGGCUAUUGCAGUCUGUUCGUGACGAUGUACACUCCACAAAAACGGCAAAUGGAAAUCAGAAUAAAGGUGCGGAUGUCUCAAAAGAGAUGAAGCUAUUCACUAGUCUGAUUUUCUCCGCCCAGUCUUUGAGAGUCAAUCAAACCGGUAAGCUUAUCUACCUUCCAACAAAUUAUUGGCUAACUUGA